GUAAUAUUAAUGGAAAGGAUGAUAAUAAUACCACUGAGUGGGCUGGGAAGAGGUUUGCUCUGUUUGCAAGAGACCUUGUCCGGCAGCUCGACCGCCGCAGAAGCAUGAGUUCCUGAGCUAUCCCGGAUCUCCCAUCACAGGGGAAUUGCAGCUAUGCGGCCUCUAACACGUUCCGCGUUGCGGUCCUAUGUCUGCUCCUCAUGUCGACGGGGCGCCUUCUUCUCCCCGCGAAGGCAGUUUGCCUCCGCGACGAACAACGUGCCGGAGGUCUAUGAUGUAGUCUGUGUUGGAGGAGGUCCCGCCGGUCUGGGACUUCUAGCAGCUCUGAGAGCAUCCCCCGUCACGUCAAAACUGAAAGUAGCCCUGAUCGAGGCCCAGGACCUGGAUAAAGCCCGCACAUGGAGCUCGGGCCCAGCUGAAUAUUCAAACCGAGUCAGCAGUCUUACACCCUCGUCUGUCUCGUUCUUGGAUAAGAUAGGAGCUUGGCAGCAUGUCGACAGCUCGAGGACUCAGCAAUACCAGGAGAUGCAAGUGUGGGAUGGAGAGACUGGUUCGAAGAUAUCAUUCGAUUGGUCUGCGGAGGGCUCACCGUUCGAGACACCCCGUACCAUCGCGACGAUGACAGAGAACGCGAACCUAGUCCGGGCAUUGCUUUCACGAAUCAACUCAUUGGGUGAGGAUGGUGUUUCGAUCUUCUCCAACACAACCGUGUCAUCGAUCGACAAUGGUAUCGACCAUCCGGACGGACCGGAUAUGUCUGCAUGGCCGGUGCUUUCACUCUCUCCAACAGCAGCAGCAACAUCAUCACCGCCAACGAACAUCGCUGCUCGACUCUUGGUCGGUGCAGAUGGCAUCAACAGUCCAGUACGCUCGUUCGCGCAAAUCGCCACGGAUGGAUGGGAUUACAAUAGACAUGGGAUCGUGGCCACUCUCGCUCUGGCUGGGCCAGAGAACCCUCCCUUCCCAGCUGGAAAGAGGACAGCAUACCAGCGCUUCCUACCAUCACUAGGUGGCCCAAUUGCUCUGCUUCCACUCCCCGAUAACCAUGCCACUCUGGUCUGGUCUACCACCAUUGAGAACGCAGCGUAUCUGAAAUCUCUCCCACCAAAGGCUUUCAUCGCCAUGGUCAAUGCUGCUUUCCGCCUGUCGAUGACGGAUCUCAAGUACAUGCUUGAUCUGAAUCCAUCCUCCUCGUCUACACCAACUGAACAUGAAGAUGAGCUAUCAUGGCGAGUACAACACACUCCUCAGCCGCCUCAUAUUCCUCCCUCCGUCACAGCUGUCCAGGAACGCAGCGUUGCCUCCUUCCCACUCCGUUUCCGCCAUGCUUCCACUUACGUCUCUCCACGCAUCGCGUUGGUCGGAGAUGCUGCCCAUGUCAUCCACCCGCUGGCCGGACAGGGCCUCAACCUGGGUCUCGGCGAUGUCGCAUCUCUAGCUAACACGAUCGAAUAUGCCGUCACCCACGGAAUGGAUAUCGGAGACUUGCUCACGGUGGAGCGCUAUUCUUCCGAACGCUGGGCCGUGAACGCCAAGGUUGGUGGCGUCUGUGAUAUCCUGCACAAGCUUUACAAUGUCCCUGGCCAGAGCCCGAUCACCUGGGGUAGAAGCUUGGGUUUGAAGAUGGUGGACCAACUACCUUUCGUCAAGGGCUUCCUGAUGAAGCAGGCUCAGGGUUAAAUUCUCCAAAAUGA